UACACUUGCAGGCAUGAGCCACCAGAUAGAAGCAUAGAGCCUGGGCCUAUUUUUGAUUGCGGCGCGGCAGGCGGCAGGCGGCAGGCGGCAGGCGGCAAUGGGCGGAAAGGGGCAACGACGGAGGGAGAAGAAUUACAGAGCUGCUCACGGUGGUGAAACGCGGCUCCCUCCUCCUCCCAGUGUGAAAGAGUUAGAUGUUAUUCCCUUCAAGCUCCGCAAAAUCAUGGAGUUCAGGAACGAGAAUUUCUCUGCAGUUAAGCAAGGGCACGCGCCAACUUCCAAAGACAGCAGAGGCCAGAAGAAGAGAAAGCCAGUAAGCGACUGCGACUCUGAGAAUAACAAGAAAAUGAACAAAAAUGAGUCUUCAUCUACAACAAGUUCUGUAAACAAAGAGGGCAUCCCGGCAAUAAAGGAAGACCAUUUAAAUAGUAAUGAUGCAAUUAAAACUCAAUUCUUAAAUGGUGAGGGAAAGGAGAAACAAAAAAGAAAGGUGCCUAAGGACCUACGCUUUGUGGACAUGGAUCGAGUUGCCGGUGUCUCAAGGAAGAAAAAGCGCAAAGAUUAUUUCGAGGCAAAGAAAAAGAAAAACAAAAGGCCCAAAAUUGAUGAUGUUCGGAACUUUCCUGGUCGCGAAGAGAUAGUGUUUGGUGAAGUUGUUCAAGCUCCACCUAAACUAUCUGUUCCUAAGAGAUCCACAAAAGGCCCUCUUGAUGCUUUUCAUGAAAGAGUAAGAUUAGAAACAAUUGAAGCUUACAGACAGAAGAGAGGAUGGGAAUCCAGGCCUGGUGUCCAUAUUCCCAUGCCGGAAAAUCCAUCCACAUGACAUUGGUUGGAGGGAUUUAGCACUGUCUCAUUAGAAAUUUAUAGAUAGCUGAAAAGGUUUUGACCAACAUAGCUUAAUGAUGAUCAUAUGGCAUGAUGAGCUUGUUUCUAUGGGGUUGAAAGCCACCAGGAAUUUACUUCUGAUUGUUUGUCCUGCAAUAUUAUCUUUAUGCCUUUGUGACUAAUUAUUGAAUCUUUUGUACUAGCGAAUUGUUUGGUUGGUAUCAUUUUUGUCUAAUUAAGUUAAUUGAACUUGA